AUGCGAUCCUUAUUAGGAGACAACACCAUGUCCGAGGUGGUGUUAAAGAAACUGUGGACGGAUAAACUACAAACACAUACAACACAGAUACUCGCAUCACUCCCCGAUGAUUUACAGCUGGAGAAAAUAGCAGAAAUAGCAGACAAAAUACAUGACAACAACCAAGACAAAAAUGCAGGUCUGAUUCUUUUCCCCCCCACCCCCAAUACACUAAUGAAAAUGUCUGAUCCUAAGGAUGAAAAGGAAGAAGAAAAGACCUAUGGCAGUUGUGAAGGUCCCAAUGCAAUGUAUGUGAAACUGGUUUCCUCUGAUGGACAUGAGUUCAUUGUAAAGAGGGACCAUGCACUUACAUCAGGAACUAUCAAAGCGAUGCUUAGUGGGCCAGGACAAUUCUCGGAGAAUGAAACUAAUGAAAUCAAUUUCCGUGAGAUUCCAUCCCAUGUUCUCCAGAAAGUCUGCAUGUAUUUCACAUAUAAAGUAAGAUACACCAACAGCUCCACUGAGAUACCAGAGUUUCCCAUAGCGCCAGAAAUAGCUCUUGAGCUAUUGAUGGCUGCCAAUUUCCUGGACUGUUAG